CUAUCAACCAACUCAACCAACUUGUUUCCUCUAUCAGAUAUUUUCAAAGCUUUUCAAGAAAGAAUGCAUCCUUUGACGGUCGCAGUCUUUCUUAUGGUCGCCAUUACCGCUGUUUUCUCGCACGGACACGAACACCACUUCGUUCCGCACUACCAUUUCGAAUAUGGGGUCCACGACCCGCACACCCAUGAUGUCAAGGAGCAGCACGAGUACCGUCACGGAGACCACGUCAAAGGAGGGUACACCAUGAAGGAAGCGGACGGCACCCACAGGAUCGUGGAGUACACCUCCGGACCCCACGAAGGUUUCCGGGCUGUGGUUAAACGCGUAGGCCAUGCCACGCAUCCCUCCCACCAUGGACACGAGCAUCCCACGAGUUACGUGGGGGUGACCCACUGGGGUCACGGGUCCGGACGCUAGAGUGGUGAUGUUGCCCCCAAGUGGUCGUUGUUGUUUU